AUGGAUGGGAGCAUGGAUUCAGAGAACCAUCCUUUCUUUACUUCAUGGGACUGGAAAAACUCUGCUGCACCAGGGCCUUUGGAGCUCAGCCAGAACUCGCCCCCUCUGAGCAUCUCUCCAUCUCCUUCCUCUGAAUCCUACUCCUCUUCCCCGUAUCCUUUGGUGAUGGAGAUGCCCUGUGCCAACAACCACAGCAGCAUCAGCAGCAUCAGGACUGACAGUGGUGCCAGCACCAGCAGCGGCAACAACUUGAGGGGCUGCCCCCUGAUGGAGUUUCCUUCCAUGUACCUUCCAAGCCCUGGCAUCAAAGGCCAGAAGGGCUCCAAAGUCAGGAUGUCACUUCAGCGCAGGAGAAAGGCCAGCGAAAGAGAGAAGCUGAGGAUGAGGACCCUGGCAGAGGCCCUGCACACUCUCCGCAACUACCUGCCUCCGGUCUACAGCCAAAGGGGCCAACCCCUCACCAAGAUACAGACGCUGAAAUACACUAUCAAGUACAUCAGUGAGCUCACAGACCUGGUGAACAGUGUCAAGCAAGGUCAGAUCCCUUGA